UCUUGCUUGAAAGAACACGAAGACAUUUCAAGACUGAACCUUUUCGCCUUUUUUUUCUCUCUUACCCACUGAUCUCUCUCUCCCUCUCUCUCUGUGACUUGAUGGUAUCACAUCGUUAGCAUAGACGAUAAUGGAGGCGGUGGCGGCGAAGUGGUCGUACUGGUGAUGAUAACGACCAUGUCGAACCACAACAUUGGCGGCCAAACUCUUGACGAUUCCAUCAGACAGAAAGAGCAGGAGAAGCUCAUGUUCCAUGACUUCUUAGGACCCAAAACAUCAGCUUUGUCCUCCAAAGCCACGGCCCAUCCCAGGCUUCUGCCGGAGAAGGCGGCGGCGGGGGCAGCUUCGACGGCGUCGGCUUCUUCCGGCGGUCUCUCUUCGACCUCCGAUCUGGGUUCCGUACAUGGCGGAAACCAUCUCGAGGGGAUACAUUUGUUUGGGCCAAGGAGUGAGAUUUCUGGCUCAAGCAUGAGCAAUAGACUCGCUGGAAGCAAGAGGAGCAACUCGGAUUCCCUCUUCUCAAGCCAGGAAUCCCCCGAAAGCUUGCAUUUAGCCAAGAUGCUUAGAAAUGGGAUUCGAAGCCCUUCCACGAAUGCCAACCCUUUGGUAAGUUACCCUGUCCGAGGAGGGCACAUCAACCAUUUGCUUCAUCUCUCUUCUAGCCGGUUUAAGGACGAAACUUCUGCCCCUUCGCUCAUCUCCCACUCAGCGGCUGACGAAGGUUCAAGAACCGGGAUGAAAGGUCCCGUGAUCUCGAGCUCUCUCAACCUCGAGAGAACUUCAUCUGGGGUUACACCAAAUGCGAGCAAGUUCGAACCUUUUUCCCCUUCAAGUUCAUGUGGUUGGAAAGACUUGACGACCUGCACUAGGCAAAUGACUAUAUUCUACGGAGGUCAGGCUCAUGUCUUUGACGAUGUGCAUCCAAACAAGGCGGAUGUGAUAAUGGCAUUGGCGGGAUCGAACGGAGGAUCAUGGUCUACCGGAUUCUCUCCCAAACAAAAGGGAAAGCACACGGGGGAUGACGCUUACAAACGAGGCCAACCCUGCAUUGGAGGCAGCUCUAGAGGCGGUGCCUCUGCCUCGUGUAACCAGAUCUUCACACCACCAGCACCAGGUGGAGGACAUCAAGGAAGCAUCAUCCCGAGGGGUCGGGGUCAGGAUAACGCAGAUCCAGUCCGAGCAUCGGAUACUGGAAAUGCAGAUAAACUCUUUCGGAACCUUUCCCAACAUCACGAGAAAGGAAACUAAAUGAGGCCGAGAAGGGAAACAUUCUUGUAACCAUCUCAAGUUUGUUCUCUUUAAAACAUCAAUUGUCUGUAAACCUUUCGAUUUCUGAGGUCUCUACCCUGGAUUUUUCGGCUC